AUGUGGUGGCAGCGGGGCGCGCCUUCCUCGGAAGACGAGGGAGAUGCCACCGAUCCACCUCCGCCUGCCGAUCCGGGCCCUGCCUCGCAGUCGCCGCUCGGGGCUAGCUCCGUUGAGACUGUCAACGCCAGCGGUCUCGGGCUUAAAGCGCACAGCAGCACGGAACAGGACGGAGAAAGGUCGACGGCGGCACCAGCAGCGGCGGCGCUUCCUUCACGUCAACCAACAGGUCCCACCCUGGCAACGUCGCCAGCCGCCGAUUUCCUCAGCAACUUCUCCAGCCUGCACAGCGUCGCCAGCCCUUCCAGCUCGGCAGGUGCCGGGUCCCUUCUCGGCGGCAUCACGCCGCAGCCUGGUCAAAAUGCGCAGUCGCCAGAGCCCUACGGUAAAGCUCUCGUUGCCUCGCCCACCGACCUCGGCCGCAGCCGCAGCAGUGGCGGCGGCAAUGGACUUUGGUCGGGUCUAGGUGAUGCGGCUGCGAAGCUCUACGACGGCGGCAGCGUUGGGACGGCUGGUGGCGAGUCUGCGACCAUAACUCCCCGUCCCGACGAGCAAGGCGCUCGCUUCGGCCCCGGAGGCCGCUACGUCAUGGGCAGGACGAUUGGCUUCGGCGGCUUCUCGACAGUCCGUGAGGGCUUCGACAUCGAGGGCCUUUCGCGGGACGAGGCAAAGGAGGCUCGCCGCAUCGCCGUCAAGAUUGUCUACCAGACUCAGGAGAGCGAUGAGGUGGUCCACGGCGCCGCCAAGCGGCACUCUCAGUGGUCUCACGAGCUCGAUAUCUGGCGGAGUCUGCCGGCCCACCCUCACCUGCUCCCCUUGCUUCACUCCGAGGUUGUUUCACUGCCCAGGGGCGGAGGAUCACACAUGUCGGGCGCCGCCAGCAGCGCAGAACUGCUGGUCAUGCCGCUCUGCGAUCGCGGCAACCUGCUCGACUACGUGCGGUCCGAGGGCGGCACGCGCGGACCGUCGUUGAUCCUCGGCUCUGCGGACUCUGGUCGAGGCACGCCCAAGGCUUCGAGCUUGUCACGCAGCGCAUCACUCAACACGCCGUUCGGCAACGCCAACGCCGAGACGGGCAAGUCGGUCGACAGCAGCCGCACCGGUUCCGGCUUCCUUUCUCGAGGCCAUCGCCGCCUUGGCCUCGGCCGCGUCCCGUCAGCUUCCGGCGUACCAGCAAGCAACUUGCCGUGGAGCCUGAAUGCUUCGCAGCUGCAGCUCUCAACGGCGUCGAACACGUCGUCGCCCAGUUCCGUGGUCGGCAGCCUGUCCAGCGGGUCCGGGCUGCUACGGCGCGCCAGUAGCCAGAUGGCCCGGAGCCGCGGCGUCCCCAUCGACGUGGCGCGCGAGACGAUGCGACAGCUGGCAUCUGCCCUGCGCACCUUGCACACACAAGCGGGCGUACUGCACAGCGACCUCAAGCUCGAGAAUAUCCUUGGCCAGAAUCUGCGUACAUCGCGCAGCGACGGCUCGAUCAGGACGACUGCCGGCGCUGCCGGACCGCCAGUGUCUUCGAGCAGCUCGUCAUUCUCCUCCGAUGACGGCGGAGAACUCGAGGAGCAACUGCCAUGCUGGAGACUCGCAGACUUUGGCUUGGCACGUCGGAUAGUUUCAAACAGCACCGACGACGGUGCAUUCUCUAGACUCCACCACCACGGCCAGACCCUGGGUCAGCCGCAGCAACCAGCCCAAAGCCGGGGCGGAUCACUUGCCUACACUGCGCCAGAGUAUCUCCGAGCCAAAUCCUCCACGCCUUCUGGCGUCACGACGCCAGGCGGUCUCGAGGCUGACGCUGCGGCCCAGCAGGCUUCGACUUCACCCUUUGCCGCCGACAUGUGGGCGCUCGGCUGCAUCCUGUAUGCGCUGCUGAGCGGUCGGCUGCCGUUUGCGGACUCGUUCGAACCUCGUCUGCAGAUGAAGAUUGCCAAGGCCCAGUGGGACAUCCCGACGCGACUGCGGCGGAGGGCUGAGCGCCUCGCCGAUGCCUCUCGGGGAGGCCUCCGCCAUGCUCGUGAAGCGUCGGGAGGCAGUCAGAUCGGGGCCGACCCGGGCGGUGCGAUCGGCGAAAGACCCCUCUCCACGCUGAUCGAGGGCCGGCACGUAGGACCAUUCGGCAGACUGCGGGCCGCUGACGUGGACCUGAGCGCCUCAUUACCCAGCCUUCCCUCGAGGGAGCGGCCAACUAGGAGGCUAAUGAGCGCGUUCGAGCCGCCCAUGGCCAGCUUUGCCGAGACCGGACGGACAUCUGACCAUGUCGUAGGAUCGGCCCCCGGCCGGGCCGAUCACGUCGAUCGGAUCGAGAUCAACCCGUCGGCCAAGGCGCUUGCCGAUGCCGAGGUUGAUCCAGAGUCGGACGAGGAUGACGGCGUCGAAGCCGAAUGGGACGGACUCAGCUGGGACCGCGCCGCGGCAAGAGAGGUGCUUCACGGUCUGCUGGAACCGGAUCCGUCGAAGCGCUGGACCAUCGAGAGGCUGUGCGCCUCGGCAUGGAUCCGCGGCGACAAUGACGACAGCGUCGGUGGCAUCAGGACGACGGCCGGGGAAGCGGACAACAUCCACCCAGUGGCCGACACUCACACCAAAAGGACAGGCCUCGCAGGGCAAUCCAUCUCCGAAAGGCCGUCGCAGGAAACGUUGGACGCAUCGCUCGACUUCCGGAGGAGGAGCAGCUCGCAAUCGCGCGAUCGCGGCACGCUGGAUCUGGACGUCGCCUCGACGCUCGCUAGGUCGCGGCCUGCCGACCUCUCGGCAGAGUCAUCGGGACCAGUUUCGCCGGCGCUCCCGACGUCGCGUUCCGGCUUCGACGACAGCCACAGCAGCAUCAGCUCCCGUCCGAUGUCGCGCGAUUCGUUCCGCGACCGCAGCGAAUCGCGCACGCGUAGCACCGGCUUCAGCGAGAGCUCGACACCGAGUCGCGGAGAGGGUGGGGUCUGGCACGCGGCUCAUCACGCGCUCGACGUCGCGCACUGGCCGUCGAUUAGCCGCUGCGACAGUCCGGCCGACUCCGAGAGGCGUGGCCGGCAGUCGCGGUCGAGAAUGGCAGACCUCGACGAGAACCAGACUUGGAGCGCCGACAAGGAUCAGAGCGCGGCAGAGCGGUACAACGAGUGGCGUACCGGACGCGUGGCUAUGCCUGUGCCCAUCCCCGCACGCAGCCAGAGCCACUCGCGCAGCCGCAGCCGCCACAGCCGCGAAUCGGGCUCGCCAGAUCGCCUGUCGCGGCGAUCGCACUCGAAGCCGCGGCCGCUGCUGCCGGGCUCUUACGAUGCCAGCGGCUCGGGGGCGGGUUUUCUGCGCGGUCGGAGCUUCGAGACCCGUUCUGGCGCUGCGGCCGUGGGCGGGUCGGCGUUUGCCGACCAGACUCAGGCCCAUCGAUCGUCGACGUCGCGGAGCAGGUCGAGGGCGCCGGACGCGCUGGCGCAGAUCCUGGGUCGCGACAGGGCCACCAGCCGUUCGCGAGGCACGCCGACAGACGACGGAGAGCGCUCGCUGCGCGCAACAGCUGGUUCGUCGAGCAGCAGCCUCAGCCUUGCCGCGAACGGCGGGCCCCCUGGCGCGCCGGCGGCAAGGGCGCACGAGCCUCGGGGUCGAGCCCGCGAUCGAAAGUAG